CAGUCAUGGAAUGUAUGGCGCCAUUCAUUUUCAAAAUAACAAAUAUCAAUGAAAAAUUAAACUUAAGCAGAACUUUGGCUCUUGUUUAUGGUAAAAUGUUGCCAGCUAUUAAAAACUAACGGUAAAUAAGUACUUGUUUUACAGCAUUUGUCUAUACCAUUCCAUUACUGGUGCCUGUUCCAUUAUAACGAUUCCGCGAUACAACCGGCUAACUGAUUUUUUUUAAUUCAUGAUAGCAACUAAACUGUCAUCUGAUAAAGUAUCAGCCGGUAGGCGAUGACUAACGAUAUAUGCUCCUGGCCCGCACAGCACCGCACCAAGGGCGAGGUCCAGUGCGGUAAUCUGUAGAUAUUUUAAAAUUGAGGUGCGGACAAAUUAACACCAAAUUGUGACACUAGUAUUCGCGUUUGGGGACAUUUUUUAUUUUAUUUAGGGCGUUCAAAUAUCACCAUAAAUCUAAAAUUGUUGAUCAAAUUGGAGAUUGUCGCCAAUUUAUUUUCCGAUUCGAUUGGCCGAUUUGAUCAACCCGUCAGGAUUGGCCUUUACACACUAUCGAACGUGCGCCGGACCGCACUAAGAUCGCGGUUUGGUGCGGCCGUCUGUAGAUACUAUUAAGGCCAAAACGCAUUAUUAAAACGCAAAUAUGAUAACUAUAUAGGAGCGUGUUUUGAUUUCUAUCGAUCGAUCACACCACAGUAAUUUUGAAUUUAGUUUUUUUUACUGAUAAAUUUGUUUUGCCAUAUUAAACAUGCCGAAACUUUAUAUAAAGGAAAGAUGGAAAAAUUAUGUUUAUGUAAUAGAUAUGCGCUAUAAACCUAAAUUAAAUUAUUUCACAAUUAGCUAUAUGAAAACAAAACGCAACAGACGUUGACAGCCAGCUGACAGUGACACUGACAACACAACAGUUUAUGUCAGGCAAUCGUGUAGUGUACUUGUAGUAGCAAUAUGUUUCCGAACUCGCGGUGACUAUAUUAUUUAUUUAUUUUAUAAAUCCUUGUAAGAUAAUAAUAGUAUAUUUGGGUAUGUUAAAAUCAAAAUGUCAGAAGAAGAAACAGUGGAUAUUGCGAAAGAACUUGACGAUUUACUGACGAAAGUACAACCAGACUUGCAAGAUGUUAUCAAAAGAAGUUUUACAAACGUAGCGCUUCAACUGGCAAAAAAUGGAGAAAAACUUAUUCGAGACACGCUGGAAGAUACUUCUUACUUUGCAAAGAACACCCAAGUCAAUUUAACAGCUCUAGAGCUGGUAAAAUCUCCAACGUUCCACAUGCAAGGUGUAUCAUUGGACCUCAAGUCUAUGCUCCUGAGUUUGCGCUGCUCCCUCGGCGAGGUCAAUGUUAAGGGCCAGUACAGUGCCUAUAAUGAGAACCUUUAUAACCUCAUUCCUGUGUUGUCUGAGGGACAUGUUGUCAUAUCGCUAUCGAACGUGACGGCGGACGUCAACGUGGGGCUGAUCGUGGACGACGACGCCUUCUCCUUCAUCAACCCCGGCAUCGAGUUCUCGCACGAUGAAGUUCUUGUCAAGCUGUCGUGGCCUUCGCCGCAGCGGAAUGGCGGCUACGAGUUUGUCACCACCGAGCAACUGGCCAAACAUAUCGAUGACCUGCCGCUCUCGGCGGCGGUGUCGCUACCGCUGUUCGCGCUAUUGCGACAAAAACUGCAGAGACAUCUAGCGCGAGUGCUACGGCAGAGCACCAGCGUGUCCGAGGUUAUGUGUUGCGACCCCAGCCUGCAUGAGGCCUACAGCGAGAUGGUGAGCAACCUGGCCGCGAAAGGCAACAAGGUGAUCGACAUGGUGCUAAUCAACAUGCGGCGCACUUUACUUCAGACGCGGACGGAAGUGCUGGAGCUGCCGCCCUUACACGCCACCUUUAUGCACAAGAUCGGGUCAAUAUCGUUCAUCGGCAAGUUCGAGACGGACGCGGGCUGGGUGAAGAACCUGGCCACAGUGAACCGCGUCAACGACGUCAGCGUGUCGCGGCCCGAUCCCAUGAAGACCUGCUUCAGCGUCACGUUACGGAUCAAGGAUUUGCAGAUUCGCUACGACGAAUACCGAAUAAAGGCUCUAGGCGCGUCUUGUUCAGGCCGAAUGGCGGCGGCGUUCGGCGACAACACGCUGCGGCUAGAGCUGAGCGUGGGGCUCGCGCGGUGGGAGCCCUACGCGCAGCUACACGACCUGCGCGUGCUGCACAUGGACGGCAUGGACCUGCACGCGACAGGCCUGGGCCCGCUGUCGGGCACGGCGCCGCUGGGCGCGUGGGCGCGCGGCGCGGCGGCGGCGCACGCGGCGCCCGCGCUGCAGGCGCAGCUGCAGCACGAGCUGCACACCGCGCUCGCCGAGCUGCCGCUGUGGGACCUGCUGCACGACCAUUAGGCCCGGGCAAGCGCCACGCUUGCGACCAUCAUUGCGUGUGACCCCAUGAGCCGGCCGUGAGCUCCUUCCUGACCGCCGUACUUGACGUUUUUUAAAGCGAGGGGUUGUUUUUUGCGGUAAACGCACCGUUAAUCGCAUGCGUCAAUUUAGAAAAAAAUAAGAUGCGCUUCCCGCUGCGUUUAUCGCGUAAAACAAUAUUAUAGUUUCAUUCGAUUUUUUUUGAAAAUUAGGUAUGUGGCAAACGCAUUCCGUUUAACGCUGCGUUGAUCGCAUAAAACCAGAACCACCUUAUAAUUCAGUACGGACAACCGAGCGCUGUUGCACAUUAAACAUAGAAUUUCGGUCUAUUUCGCCGCGCGCUGCCACGAUUGUAACUGCAACUACUGUAAGUGCGUAUAGACCGCGAGCCAGGAACAGUUUCCAUGACCAAUCCCGGCUGAGAACACGUGUAGUGGUUAACGGCUAGAUAUGAUGAACCCUCGUGGACGUCAGCUGCCGCUCCGUUGGUGGGUUGACGAAUGGCAGCCACCGAAACACGUAAAACAAUGCGGAUAUAUAAAACAAAAAAAACUUCAUCGCCUCCCGUUUGAUACUUUGUUAAAUGAUAGUUCAGAUGCUGUUGUUAAUUUAAAAAUCGUCAGCCGGUUAUAUCGCGGUGGUAAGAACAUCAGCUGGUCGCAUGAACAUGCAAAAAAUAAGCGCUAUACCUUUUAUGAUAGCCAUAAUAAAUCAUGAAACUUUGCAUAUAGCAUUUCAUCAGGCGUAAACGCGUGAAAAGCCAUCAACGGAUUACGCAAUUUACACACUACGCAUACUUUGCCGCACAUAAAGUGAUAAGGCGCAUAUUUUUUACAUGUUCAUUUUACAGCUGACGGUCAUUCCACCACGAUAAAACCGGCUGAUGGUUUUAUUAGUUUAAAAUAGCAUCUAAACUAUCAUCUGACAAAGUAUCAGCCGGGAGGCGAUGACUGAUUAAAAUUCGCGCCAGCAUUUAGUCUUUUCGCCAAACCUGAACGCACCUUAAGAUUUAAAGUAGUUUCGCUGCUAAAAAAUGUUUAUGAAUCAAUUGGAUAAAAAAAAAUAACCUACCCCGCUGUAGGUAAACUAUAUCUUGAAAAGACUUGUAACAUUUGUUAUCAGGUUAGGUAGGUAGGUUUCUGUAAAAUCACAUAAUAAGUUGUGUUAUUACUGUGUUUUAUACGUACCUAUACUCGACAUUUUAUUUAUGACUUUCAUUUCAUAAAUUAUACUUCCGUCCUGUUGUACGUCAUGUAUAUUUAACAAUAUAAACCCUUAUCAUAGUUAUUUUUGAUAUCUUUUGUAGCCUUGUAUUCUGGACUUCUAGUUUUACCAAUUUUUACCUUCCUAUUAUAUUUUCUAUAUAUCUAAAUAUUUGUUCUUGUUGGUUUUGUUUUGAUUUAUUUCAAUAUUUUAUUAGUACCACACUACGUAAGAGGUAAAUUGUGUUUAAAUUAUUUAUUUACGACUAGACUGAAAAGUUGACUGCUAACUUCGUCACUUUACACUUAAAUCAAGUAAUACCUACAGCACUUGGAUUUUUACACUUUUGUACAUGACUGUCUCGUUGCUGCUAAGCUCAAUUUUUAUUUAUAGUGAUUAUAAGUAAUUAAAUUUUAAAGUUAUUUUUACAAUGUAUUUCAUUGACCGUAACGUAGUAACCAAUUGAUUUUGUGGAAUGAUAUUAUGUACAUAUUACAAUUUAGACCAUUUCUAAAUCGCCAUGCAACAAUGCUGCUUUUUAAAUUAUUAUUUUUUACUGUCAUGAAAUCAGCAAUAAUUAAAAUAAAUAAUGUUUAAUAAAUGAAAGUGAAUAUUUGGUAUUUAGCAUAGGUUGUGAGUGCCUUGUAACUAUUUGAAGACUGUUGUAUUUACCCGACUGCUCCAGAAAGAGUAGCGUUUUUUAUUAUGUUGUACACAUUGUUGAAUAAUAAAUAAGUACAUCACAA